CCUCAGUUAAUCUCACUUCUUAACUCUCUUUGCUUUCUUCUUCACAUAAUUAAUAUGGAGCUUGCCGAUUUGUUCAACGUCGCAUGGAAGUCGGCACACUACGGCUCUCAAGAAUCUGAAUGUCUGGAGGCGCUGAAUGAUCUUCUUCAUUUUCCGGUGAGCUCCCAGGUUCUUGCACUUGCUUCCGCCCAAACUGAUGUGCUUAAACGUCUUCACAGUCUCACCGGACACCCACGCCUCACCAUUAAGAAUCUCUCUUCUUCUGUUUAUGCCGCUUGGAACCAAAGAAUGCUCAAUGAAUUUGUCAGAGAAGAAGAACCCAUGCCUGAUGAUCCACCUCCCAUUAUAAACCCCUUCAGAUAUAUCAACGUCAACGGAAAGCGCGUUAAGUUGAUCAUCAAGAAACGACAUUAUUCUGAAAUUGCCAUGACCAACAUUCUUGACAGUCAACCCUCCAUCAAACCAGAGACUCCGCCGCCACCGCCAGAACUCAAGAGACAAAAGAAUCUUGCCAUGCCUCAUCACAAACCUGACACCAUUGAAACCUCCAAGCAAUUAGAGAUUCAGAAACCACCCAUGAAGAGACAGGAGAAUAUUGAAACCUCCAAGCAACUGAUACCCAAACAACAGAUUCAGAAACCACCCAUGAAGAGACAACAGAAUCUUCGCAUGCCUCUCCAGAAACCCGACAAGAUUGAAACCUCCUACAAACCACAGAUUCAGACACCGCCCAAGAAGAAACAAGAGAAUCUUGGCGUUCAAAAAUUGAUGCCCAAGCGGCAGAUUACGAAACCCAAGAGACAAGGGAUUCCCAUGCCUGAUCGCCAGCUUCAAGACAAUCAGCCGCACUUGAGGGACAACGUAAAGGAACAGAUUCUUCAAGGUUUAUCGAUGGUGUUUCAGGAAGUUCAGGAUGACAGUGACAGGCGCAAUGCAGCCCAGGUUGCCUCCUCUAUCGAAUCCCUUCUGUUUGCUAAAUGGGGAUUCUCCAACACAGGCUGCCGCCCCAAGUACCGAUCGCUUCUGUUCAACAUCAAGGAUCCUAAAAACCCUGACUUUAGAAGAAAGCUUCUUCUCGGAACAAUCAAACCAGAGGAAGUGGCAGAUAUGAGCCCGCAAGAGAUGGCCAGUGAUGACAGGAAGCGUGAGAACCAAGUCAUCCUUGCAAGGAAAUCCACCAAAAAUGCAGUAAAUUAGAAGUAGAUUAGUUUCUGAUUUCCAAUGCUUGGAUUGUAAUUUCUUCUUCCUAACUCUGAUGUAGAAACAGUUAGUGGAUGAAUAUAUUUAGAAUCCGAUUUCUUAGAUUAUUAUAAUCUCUACUGAUUGUUUAUUGUUGUUAA